AAAUGACAAGGCUCUCUUGUUUCGAUCCGUAUUUUGAUAUUUCAGCAGAGCUAGAAGCAGCGGCAUGGAAGAUCAUCUGAAACAGUCUGCUGUGAGCUAUGUAAUCUGUAUGCUUCUUGGGCUUGGCCUCUUGUUCCCCUGGAACAGCAUGGUUACUGUCAUGGACUACUAUUUGGUUGUGUUUGCGGCAUACCAUCCCUCUCGAGUCCUGACACUGAUAUACCAAGCCUCUGCUUUCUUCACUGUAGCGGUUCUAGCGUACCACGAAGCCAGGGUGGAUACCCGCUUCCGAGUUCUCCUGGGCUUCUCACUGUAUUUUGUCUCUUCCUUGAUGGUUCCCAUUAUAGAUUUGGCUAGUCAUGGCGGAGGAGGCCUCGCACCUUACACAGGUCUCUGUGUCUUAUGCAUGUUAUUCGGUCUAUGCGAUGGCCUCGUGCAAGGUGGACUUGUUGGAGAUCUUUCUUACAUGCACCCUCAUCUUCUUCAGUCAUUUUCUGCUGGAGCUGGUGCCUCUGGUGCUGCCACUUCUGGUUUGAGGCUUGUAACGAAGGCAUGCUUUGCCAGCACCAAGGGCGGGCUUCGUAAAGGAGCACUUGUUUUCUUCUUCCUUUCUACGUCUUUCCAGCUCUUGUGCCUACUACUGUAUGCCGUAGUUUUUCCAAAGCUGGAAACCAUCAAGAACUAUAGAAAAGCUGCUGCAUUGGAGGGUGCAACCACAGUUGGUGCUGAUCUCGCAGCCGCAGGCAUUCACAUAGACAAGGAUGCAGAAGAAUGUCCAACUACUAGGCUGUCCAAUUUUCAGCUGCUUACGCAGAACUUGGACUAUGCAUUUGAUGCUGCUGCAAUUUUUGUGCUCACGUUGUCAAUCUUUCCAGGAUUUCUGGCCGAGGAUACUGGGAAGCACAGCUUAGGAUCCUGGUAUGUGGUGGUUCUUAUCGCCAUGUACAACUUUGGAGAUCUCACUGGACGAUAUUUGCCCCUCGUACCAGCUCUCAAGCUCAAGUCGAGAACCCAAAUGUUGGUAGCAGUGAUUGCCAGAUACUUAUUCCUCCCUGCGUUCUAUUUGACAGCCAAGUUUGGCGAUCAAGGCUGGAUGGUCAUGUUGUGCAUCCUUCUGGGCUUGAGCAACGGGCAUUUGACCACGUCUGUUCUCGUCGCCGCGCCAAAUGGUUACAAGAAGCCGGAGCAAAAUGCAUUGGGCAACAUCUUGGUGGUCUUCAUACUUGCGGGCGUCACUGUAGGAGUGACACUGGAUUGGUUGUGGCUUAUCGGUAAAGGCUGGUAGCGCUACCAUGAAUGACAAGCAGAUUUAGAGGCCCAUUCUCGUGGUUUCCUAAACAUGGUGCACAAAGAAGUUGUUCGAAUGAUGACUGGAAGGACUUUAGUCUCAUCGAAUAUAAUUCUUGUUGCAAACACCCAGAAUGGAAGAAACAAUGGAAUUGUUCAACAAGAUGCCUAUGCAUGACGUUGUGUCACCUUGUCAUUUUCAAUAAUAUGGGUUGCUCUUCAGGUGCAUUUAGGUGCAUUCAA